CUGCUCGAUGUUGUGAAGAAGACAGUCACUAUAGAAGAUAAUGACAGUAAGACACUGGUUUUCUUUCAACAACCUCAGACCAAGAGUCGCGGCGGCUUCGGUGGCUGUUGUGGAAAUAUCGGCCCUUACAAAUGUGCCGGAGAAUGUGUCGUUACUCAGAGUAUGUCUUAAUGUGAGGACACCAGGACCCAGACUGUCUUGUCCUGUAGCUUUCCAGUUCACUGUCUCCAUCAUUAAAGAAGAUGGCACUACAGAUGCCGCUGACUAUGAUAAAAGCAUAGUUGACGUGACAUUCUCACCCUGUGAUGCUCGGGAGUGUGUAGAUGUACCCAUAAUUGAUGACUGCAGUCUGGAAAGAGAUGAAACUUUCACUCUUUUGCUGGAACCAGAAAUGCGCCUUACAGAUAGGAUCAUUGUAAACGGUAGUCUGACAGUCACUAUUGAAGAUGAUGACAACACAUUCAUUGAGAUGGAACAUGCUGAGUAUAAAGUUUUUGAGAAUGCAAGUCAGAUUGAAGUUUGUGCUGUUAUAAGACCAGCUGGCUGCAAACCGUCAAUAGAGUUCCCUGUGCGUAUUGUCACUCGUCCUGAUAGCGCAGAAGCUACAGGGCUAAGUGCAGACUACGUGAGCACUGAAACAAAUUUGAUCUUCUCUUCAUCCAUCAACAAGGCGUGCAUUACCAUCGACAUCCUUGACAAUAUUCAGGUGGAACAUCUAGAAGAAUAUUUCUACGUGACUCUCGAACGAGUAGCAAAUACGCCUGGUGGGGUAAUCCUGACCGGUAAUAUGGCUGAGGUGAUCAUCGUUGAUAACGAUGUGGCUGAGAUGGGCUUUGUGAUGUUGGCCUACACAGUCAGAGAGGAAGACGAUCAGGAAGUUGAGAUUUGUGUGGAGGUCAAGAGUCCAGAUACCAUUGAAUGCCCUGUGGUGCAUCCACUAGAGUUCAUUGUUACAGUCACUGGUAUAACUGCAACUGAAGGUGAAGACUAUGUAGACCCAGGCUACGAUGAGGACAACCCAUUCCGAUAUGAUGCUUGUGCUCAAGAGCACUGCUUCACAAUCGAAAUCAAGAACAACGAUGAGGAUAUGAUUGAAAAGUUCAAUGUGACAUUGGAAUUUAGCAGUGGGGGAGUCACAGCUGUUACAUUUCAACAGGAUAUUGCAACAGUCACCAUCAUUGAUGAAGAUUUUUCCAUCGUUUUGUUCUCCAUGAAACCCUACGUAGUCGAUGAAGGAGUUGACAGUGGUAAAGUUAGAGUGUGUGCUAGCGUUGUGCCACUGGUGGACUUUGAUUUCUCUGUCAAUUUUACAACUAUAGAGGAAGGGUCAACUGCAGUGGUCGGUGAGGACUACACUGCCGCAAAUGCAACUCUGCAAUUUAGAGCUGGAAGCAGAGUGCAAUGUAUGGAUGUACCCAUCCUGGAUGACUGCAUUUUGGAAGAACUGGAAUUUUUCAAACUUGAACUCGAUAACUUUGAGCCUGAAGACAGGAGAAGCAGGGUCAGUGUGGACGGUGGAGGGAGCAAAGUGAAGAUCACAGAUGAACAAACUAUCUAUGUGAGCCUGGAUGGGCCAAGGAUUGUGUUUGAGGGUGCAGGAACGGUGAAUAUAUGUGUCAUCAUUCAAAAUGAUGAAGAGGGAAGGCCCUGCAGUCGAGAUAGAGAUUUCAACAUUACAUUCUUUACAGCAUUUGACAGCGCAGAUGGGGAAGACUUUGUGGCUGUAGACGGCCUACAGCUGACAUUCCAGGCAUUCCAGAAUAGGGCUUGCACCAGUGUUACCAUCAAUGAUGACGACAUGCUGGAGCAGACAGAGUCGUUCUUUGCAAGAAUAAACAUCACCCAUCCUCACAGUCACAUUACACUAGGCAUUCCAUCAGUGGAGAUCACGAUAGUUAACGACGAUGAGGCCACUGUGGGACUAGAGAAUACGACAUAUACUGUGAUGGAAAAUGAGUUGAAACUCUAUGUGUGUGUGGUGGUGAAUGCUCCUCUCGUUGACUGUCCCAUUGUCUUCCCCUUUGAGCUGCUGUUUGUCGCAACUGCGGCCACUGCAUUCCAAGGGAGUGAUUAUAGGGUGAGAGACCCAACUCUGAGGUUUGGUGCAUGCGCUAUGAGGCAAUGUCUGACGGUAGAUAUAAUCGAUAAUAACCUCAUUGAAGACGCGGAAACCUUUAACCUCACCCUAAUACACCUGCCUAGAGGAAGCACAGAUGAUAUCACGCUUCAUCCUACAGUGGCUACUGUUACCAUCGAAGACGAAGAUAUGGUGAUUGUCGCUUUUGAUAGAACGGAGUACAGUGUCCAGGAAACAAGUGGUAGUUUAACAAUCUGUGCAAGAGUGGUCAGCCCUGGAGUGUCCUGUCCAGUCACCACUCCCUUAUCCCUGACCUUAUACGUUUACGAUCGCACUGCCGUCAACAAUUCAGACUAUGUGGCUUACCGAAUCCAAACAAUAGAGUUUGCCCGUUGCAGUAGAAGUGCGUGUGCUCCCCGUCGUAUUACCUUUGUCAAUAAUCCCUAUGAUGUGGAGGUUGAGAAUGUGGAGACAUUUGACCUCCUCCUAACCAGCAAUUUCCCUCGUGUAAGACCUGAUCCCUUCAUUGCUGAAGUUAUCAUCCAUGAUGAUUCGGAAAAGGCUUAUAUCCGACUGGAGCAAAGGACGUUUACUGUGACGGAAGGGGUGGACGCGGCAGUCAAUAUAUGUGCAGAGAUUUACGACCCAACACCAGACCGCAGCUCCUGUCCAGUUGUUUUUCACUUUGAUAUAAAUCUAUCGGUUCAUGGGGAGGACUUCCCAAUGAUAUUUGGACCGUGUUCUCGCAGAGCAUGCGUGUCCAUUCCAAUUGACGAUGAUGAACAACUUGAGCUGACAAAAACAUAUACAUAUCGACUGGAGGGAGCAUAUGAUCUUGACAGAAGGAUCAUCAUCCACACUGCAAUUGGAACACUCACAGUUAUUGAUGACCCCACAGAUGAGGCAGUAUUAAAGCUGGACAAAGUGGCAUACAUUGUCGAAGAGGAGAAUAUAACUAUUACAGUCUGUGUUGAAGUUGACAGCCCAGCUAUAGAUACUCCAAUCGAUUUCUCCUUCUCUGUUCUGCUCAACACUAUUGACGGCACUGCUGUCAGCACAUACCGGGGUGAUUUCGGUGCUUUACGACGAAGAUCACUCUAUUUUUCUGUUCGUGAGACUAGAGAGUGUUACAACAUAGCCAUCACCAAUGACGACACCCAAGAAGACACAGAGACGUUUACUGUCACUGUGAGUAGGACAUAUAGUCUGGACCCCAGGAUCAGAUUAGAAGACAAUGUGGCAGUGGUGUCCAUCGUUGAUGCUGACAUUGCUACAGUGGAGUUUGAAAGGACGGUGUACAUUGUGAGAGAGAAGGCUGGACAAGUGCAAUUGUGUGUGGCUAUCACCAGUCGACAUUCCUACUGUCCCGUUGGCUAUGACUUCUCACUAAUACUCGGAGCAGACGGUGAAGACGGUGGUGCAAAUCAAGAGGACUAUGUAUCCCAGGACACGAUGGGUGAUCUAAUAAUUGAAGCAUGUCACCGAAGGCAGUGUUUCUCCGUUGGUAUUGUGGACACCAAAGAGGUGGAGGAAGAGGAGGAUUUUGACAUCAGUCUCAUGAGGAAUGACCAGCUUGAUCCUCUCAUCAAAAUAGGCUCCCGGAACAAGACAAGUGUUACCAUCAUAGACGAUGAUACGGCUACAUUUGGUCUGACUGAAGCUGAGUACAGGGUAGAUGAAGGCCACACACUGACAGAGACUGUGUGUGUGGAGUUGUUAGAGGAAAGUGGAGACUGUGUUGUGCCGUUCUCUAUCAAUGUUAUAUUCAACACCAGGGACAUAUCAGCUGAUUCACCUGAAGACUAUGAAGCUCUGGUGGCGGUUAUGGUACGUGUCCCUCCCUGCAUCUCUCUAGUCUGUGUUAACAUCGAAACCGUUACUGAUGAGCUAAUAGAAGGGGAUGAAAAGUUGUAUGUGUCGUUAACCAGAGGCAUCAACUGGGAUUCUAGAAUCCUUUUAAAUCACUCGCAUUCUGAGGUUACCAUUGAGGAUGAUGACGCUGCCAGAGUCACCAUCCAAAACUCAAACUACAGAGUUAGCGAAGCCGAUAGACGAGUGACAAUCUGUGCUCAAGUUCGAAAUCCUUUCCCAGUCAGUCCAGACUGUGAACUAGACUUUUCCUUCAGUGUCAGAUUGGUUCCAAUUGCUGUAACUGCAGGACCGUCAGAUUAUGGAUCAUCAGCAACAAUGUACUUCGCAAGAUGCACCAAUGUAGCCUGUGCAACUAUAAGUAUUCGUGACGACUCCUUCAUGGAGAAGGCAGAGGAAGAGUUUAUUGUCUCUCUGCAAAGUGCAAAUACUGACACCAGAUUAAGAGUCAGCGCUAGGACCAGCACUGUCCAGACUACUGAUGAUGAUGACAUUGCCAUUUGGUUGCAGUAUAGUGCAUACACUGUGGAGGAGUCAAGUGGUAGGGUACAGGUGUGUGCCCUGAUAAAUGGAACAAGUGAUAUCAACAGCACAGUCCGUCUAGCCACAAUCUCCGACACUGCCGGCACUGGCACACCGUCAGAUUUUGACAGCGAGUCUCAUAGUGUGACAUUCAAGCCAAGAAUUUCCCGACAAUGUGUCUAUUUCAACAUCACGGAUGACAAUAUCGUAGAAGAGAGAGAGUACUUCAAUGUCAGUUUGGGAAGGACAGCAGACCUGGACGAUAGAGUGCAGCUUAGACAAGCAUCUACAACCAUUUUUAUCCUUGAUGAUGACAGUACGAUGUUACACAUUGUUCUUAAUGUGAUGUUAUGAGAUUAAUGUGUUGUUGUCACAUGACCAACUGUUUCCCAUCCACAGCGGCUACAUUUGGUCUGACUGAAGCUGAGUACAGGGUAGAGGAAGGCCAAACACUGACAGAGACUGUGUGUGUGGAGUUGUUAGAAAAAAGUGGAGACUGUGUUGUGCCGUUCUCUAUCAAAGUUAUAUUCAACACAAGGGACAUAUCAGCUGAUUCACCUGGAGACUAUGAAGCUCUGAGUGCGGUCGAGGCACGUAUCCCUCCCUGUACCUCUCUAGUCUGCGUUAACAUUGAAACUGUUAAUGAUGAGCUAGUAGAAGGGGAUGAAAACUUGUAUGUGUCGCUAACCACAGGCUUCAGCUGGGAUUCUAGAAUCCUUUUAAAUCGCUCGCUUUCUGAGGUUACCAUCGAGGAUGAUGACGCUGCCAGAGUCUUCAUCCAAAACUCAAACUAUAGAGUUAGCGAAGCCGAUAGACGAGUGACAAUCUGUGCUCAAGUGCGAACUCCUUUCCCAGUCAGUGCAGACUGUGAACUAGACUUUUCCUUCAGUGUCAGAUUGGUUCCAAUUGCUGUAACUGCAGGACCGUCAGAUUAUGGAUCAUCAGCAACAAUGUACUUCGCAAGAUGCGCCAAUGUAGCCUGUACAACUAUAACUAUUCGUGACGACUCCAUCAUGGAGAAGGCAGAGGAAGAGUUUAUUGUCUCUCUGCAAAGUGCAAAUACUGACACAAGAGUUAGAAUCAGUGCUAGGACCAGAACUGUCGAGAUCGCUGAUGAUGAUGACAUUGCCAUUUGGUUGCAGUAUAUUGCAUACACUGUGAAGGAGUCAAGUGGUAGGGUACAGGUGUGUGCCCUGGUAAACGGAACAAGUGAUAUCAACAGUACAGUCCGUCUAGCCACAAUCUCCGGCACUGCCGGCAUUGGCACACCGUCAGAUUUUGACAGCGAGUCUCAUAGUGUGACAUUCAAGCCAAGAAUUUCCCGACAAUGUGUCUAUUUCAACAUCAGGGAUGACAAUAUUGUAGAAGAGAGAGAGUACUUCAAUGUCACUUUGGGAAGGACAGCAGACCUGGACGAUAGAGUGCAGCUUAGACAAACAUCUACAACCAUUUUUAUCCUUGAUGAUGACACGGCUACAUUUGGUCUGACUGAAGCUGAGUACAGGGUAGAGGAAGGCCAAACACUGACAGAGACUGUGUGUGUGGAGUUGUUAGAAAAAAGUGGAGACUGUGUUGUGCCGUUCUCUAUCAAAGUUAUAUUCAACACAAGGGACAUAUCAGCUGAUUCACCUGGAGACUAUGAAGCUCUGAGUGCGGUCGAGGCACGUAUCCCUCCCUGUACCUCUCUAGUCUGCGUUAACAUUGAAACUGUUAAUGAUGAGCUAAUAGAAGGGGAUGAAAACUUGUAUGUGUCGCUAACCAGAGGCUUCAGCUGGGAUUCUAGAAUCCUUUUAAAUCGCACACAUUCUGAGGUUACCAUCGAGGACGAUGACAGUGCCAGAGUCACCAUCCAAAACUCAAACUACAGAGUUAACGAAGCCGAUAGACGAGUGGCAAUCUGUGCUCAAGUGCGAAGUCCUUUCCCAGUCAGUGCAGACUGUGAACUAGACUUUUCCUUCAGUGUCAGAUUGGUUCCAAUUGCUAGAACUGCAGGACCAUCAGAUUAUGGAUCAUCAAUAACACUGUACUUCGCAAGAUGCGCCAAUGUAGCCUGUACAACUAUAAGUAUUCGUGACGACUCCAUCAUGGAGAAGGUAGAGGAAGAGUUUUUUGUGUCUCUGCAAAGAGCAAAUACUGACACAAGAGUUAGAGCUAGUGCUAGGACCAGCACUGUCCAGAUUACUGAUGAUGAUGACAUAACCAUCGGUUUGCAGUAUGGUGCAUACACUGUGGAAGAGUCAAGUGGUAGGGUGCAGGUGUGUGCCCUGAUAAAUGGAACAAGUGAUAUCUACAGCACAGUCCAUCUAACCACAAUCUCUGGCACUGCCGGCACUGGCACCACGUCAGAUUUUCACAGCGAGUCUCAUAGUGUGAUAUUUGAGCCAAGGUGUGCCCGACAUUGUGUCUAUUUCAACAUCACGGAUGACAAUAUUGUGGAAGAGAGAGAGUACUUCAAUGUCAGUUUGGGAAGGACUCCAAACCUGGACGAUAGAGUUCAGCUGAGACGAACAUCUACAACCAUUUUUAUCAACGAUAAUGACAGGGCAACCGUGAGACUGGAUCCACUAGUUGCGGAUAAUACUGAGGGGAGAUCUAUCGAACUCUGUGCUGUCGUGGAGUCUGCCAGCACAGGAUGUCGUGUUGAAUAUGGUUUCAACAUAACUUUUGAUACCAGAGGAUCUGCAGAUGAGGGGGAAGACUAUUCUGGUCUUCAGGCAUACCUAACAAUACCUAAAUGCAGAAACAGGCAGUGUAUGACGAUACAAAUCACAGAGGACCAAGUUGUGGAAAUGAAUGAAACCAUUUUAGUUAGCAUUUCUCGGAGUGUGAACUCUGUUGACUAUGACAGAAGUAAUGCGACCAUCACCAUCUAUGACAAUGACAAUGCGAUGGUGCGUCUCAAGUCUCUCUACCAGAUAGAACAGGAGAAUGUUGGUAGAGCGAGUGUUUGUGCUGUCGUCAAUGGACAUCCAUUUAAAUCGAUUGCCUUCCCCUUUUAUGUACGGUUCACAUUUAACCCAGAUAGUGCAACUCGUCCAGAAGACUUUAGUACGACACAGGUAGAUGUGAGAUAUGAUCCUGUCCGGAACGAGGCGUGUGCUCAGCUGGUAGUGGUGGACACUCUUGGAGUGGAGUUGCCCGAGUCGCUCUCUGUGGAGAUCGAACUGAAGGACGAUCAUUCAGCCAUUCAGAUCAGCAACACUCAGAAUUUUGGAAUCAUUGAGAUCGUGGAUGACGACGUUGCUGGAAUAGGUCUCGAGAGGACUGCCUACACUAUGAGCUCUACUGCUGCAACAGUGGAAGUGUGUCUUAACGUAUCAAGGCCAGAAAUAAGUUGCCCCAUCACUUUCCCCUUCGACAUCUUCUUCAAUUUAACAACUAGUGCAGAUGUGUUUGAAGUUAAUACAACCCAAGAGCUCAGUCAGGGUGAAGGCAUCGAGGAAGAAAGACGAGGACUCUACAAACUCCUCUUUGACUCGUGUCAGAAGCGAUUCUGUUUCGAUGUCUGUCGGAGGGACCGGACAAGUGGAGACCGUGGAAGGUUUGAGAUGACUGUAACCAGGACACCAGACCACGGCCGGAUCACCGAGAUUGAUUCAAGCAUAGGAUAUAUCGAAAUUCGUUAACACUAGUAAAAGACUGUACUGAAUGAAUAACUGCAAACUGUAUACUGUAGAGAGAGAGAGCUGUGUAUUCCCCCAUUAAUUAAGUGUACUCUAAUUGGUGAAAUUUGGAUAAUGUGAGCAAUGCAAAUUGUCGAUUAAAUAUACGCGCAAUCACUGUCAUCACUGGAUAACAGAAACAAAACGAAGCAAUUCAUUUGAAUCUGGCCUGCUUGAGUGGCAAUCAAGGAAGUGUGGAGACAGAG